AUGAAAGAUGAUGCAUACGUUAAACAGUAUGAAAAAGAUAUCAGAUAUGCUAUGCUGUCAUGUUUGAGAAAAAGGGAUGAGGAAAGAAUGAAGAAAAAUGUUGAAGAGAUGGUAGAUAAUUUGAAGAAGUUUGCUGAAAAGGUUGUUGAAGCAGAAGUUGUGAAAAAAGUUGUUUCUGUAGAACAACAGAUUGAAGAAGAGGUAAAAGAAGAAGAAAAGAAGGAUGUAAAGUCAAAAGCUGGUGAUGUUGGUGAGAGAGUCAGUGUUGAAGAAAAACAAGAUGAUGCUGAUCAGAAGAAAAAAGAAGCUACUGAAGACACCGAAGUGACAAUCACUGAGAUCUCACAACAAAAAACAUGGGUUACUCAUGUUUUUGUAACCAAAGGAGCGGGCUAUGCUGGUUCUCACGCUACACUUGACUCUAAUCGUGUAACCAGUGUGGAUAAUCGAUCUUGUGGAAACAUAGGCGCUGUUAAAGUUAUUCAAGACAUGUUUCCUAAACCUGGGAAACUUCAUUUCAUUUAUGCUGUUCUAGGAGAUGAAAAGUUAACAAUUGCUCCACUUGAAGAUGACGUAGCUCCUUGUGAAAUGUUUUGCUGGUUUGCUACUGUAAUCGUCAGAAGAAGAUCUCAACUUCUGGCCACACAGCUAUGCACAUGUGCAUAUUUUGACAUCACAUGUUUAACAGAAUUGGCUAAUAAGAUGACAUUGAAUAAGGUGACACCUAACCUGUAUGGAAGCCUAUUUGUAAACACUGCUGCUGGUAUUGCUGGCGGUACGGGAGUCAUGCCAGGAGGUAAUGUUGGCACGGAGUACGUGAUCUUUGAGCAAGGUGCAUCAGCCGGGAAUGUUGGGAAACCAUCAAUGGUUGAGAAAAAGAGAGCAAACCCAGUGGCUCUGCUUCUUUCAUCAGCCAUGAUGCUAGCCAUGAUGCUGAGACAUCUUCAGCUUCCUGGUUAUGUAGAUCGUUUAUAA